UUAAAAAAUUCUGCUGCUGAUGAAGCCUGUCAGUAUGUGAUUAAACAUCUGGGAAAAAACCUGUUACUCCUGAGAGAACUGAAUCUGAGUGAAUGUGAACUAGGAGACACAAGAGUGAAUCAGAUUUCUGCUCUACUGCAGGAUAAACACUGUAAACUCAACACACUGAUUCUGCGUGGAUGCAGUAUUACAGAGAAACAGUGUCUCAUCCUGACUUCAGCUCUGUGUUCAAACCUUUCACACCUAAGACAACUGGACCUGAGUGGGAAUAAAAUAGAAAACAAAGGAAUGAAGCAUGUAUCUGAAACACUGAAGGAUGUACACUGUAAACUGGAGAGAUUGAGGUUAAGAUACUGUGAUAUGACAGAUGAAGGUUGUUCUGCUUUGACUUCAGCUCUGAAAUCAAACCCAUCACACCUGAGAGAGCUGGACCUGAGUGAGAAUCAACUAGGAGACUCUGGAUUUAAAAACCUCAGUGAUCUACUGAUGAACCCACAAUGCAAGCUGAAAAUACUAGCACUUUCAGACUGCAGUAUCACUGAAGAAGAUUAUAAAGCUCUGGCUUCAGCUCUGAGAUCAAACCCUUCACACCUGAUAGAGCUGGACCUCACAGGAAAUGAUCCUGGACAAUCAGGAGUGAAGGAGCUCAGUGAUUUACUACAGGAUCCAAACUAUUCACUGAAGACACUGAGGUUUUUGGGUCCUGCUGCAGAUGAAGCCUGUCAGUAUGUGAGUGGAAUUAUGGGUAUUAAUCCCUUACUUCUGAGAGAGCUUAUUCUGAGCGGAAAUAAACUUGACAUCAUCAAAUUUGUGAAUGAUUUUGCUGCUCUGCUGGAGGACAAACACUGUCAAUUCAACAAACUUCAGCUGAAUAAUAACAGCAUUACAGCAGAAGGUUGUGCUGCUCUGACAUCAGCAUUUAAUUCAAAUCCUUCAAACCUGACAGAGCUGGAUCUGAGUGGAAAUAAACUAGGAAACUUAGGAUUUGAGAAGAUCUGUCAUCUGUUGGAAAACAAACAAUGCAGAUUAGAGAAACUAAAUCUUUCUGACUGCAGUAUCACUGAAGAAGGUUAUAAAGCUCUGGCUUCAGCUCUGAGAUCAAACCCUUCACACCUGAUAGAGCUGGAUCUCACAGGAAAUGAUCCUGGACAAUCAGGAGUGCAGGAGCUCAGUGAUUUACUACAUGAUCCAAACUAUUCACUGAAGACACUGAGACUGUGUAAAUGCAGAAUUACAGAGAAGCAGUUUUAUGAUAUACUGAAGGAUCCGUGCUUUAAACUGGAGAGAUUGAGGUUAAGGAACUGUGAUAUAAAAGCUGAUGAUUGUUCAGCUCUGACUUCAGCUCUGAAAUCAAACCCAUCACACCUGAGAGAACUGGACCUCAGUGGGAAUAAACUAGGAGACUCUGGAGUUGAAAACCUUGGUGUUCUGUUGAGCAGUUCACAAUGCAGGCUGGAGAAACUACAGCUGAAUAACAACAGUAUUACAGCAGAAGGUUUUGCUGCUCUGACUUCAGUGUUUAUUUCAAAUCCUUCAAAACUGAUAGAGCUGGAUCUGAGUGGAAAUAAAGUAGGAAACACUGGAAUCCAGAAGAUCUGUGAUCUGUUGAAAAAACCACAAUGCAGCUUGAAGAAACUGAAACUUUCAGACUGCAGUAUCACUGAAGAAGGUUAUAAAACUCUGACUUCAUCUCUGAAGUCAAACUCAAACCUGAUAGAGCUGGAUCUCACAGGAAAUGAUCCUGGAAAAUCUGGAGUGCAGGGUCUCAUUGAUUUACUGCGGAGUGAAUGCUGUAAAUUAAAGACUCUCAGGUUUUUGAAAAGUUCAGCUGCACAGGAAGCGUGUGACUAUCUGAGUGAAGUUCUUGGUACAAAUCCAUUAGUACUCAGGGAACUGGAUCUAAGUGAAGAUAAACUGGGAGAUCUGGAUUGGGAUAAGCUCUCUGCUCUUUUGAUGGACACUCAUAGCAAAGUAGAGAAAAUUAAGUGA